GGUACCAGAUAGUGCAGGGUACGGAACACCUUAAAGAUCGUCUCUGGUUUGCUAGCCAUUUAGUACCGAGGAAGCGUUGGGAGGAAUUCUAUCGGUUGCUGAACCAUAUCGCAACAUCCAAACAUGUCCAGGAAGAGAAAGCAGGUUGUGCGUCCCGCUGUGCUGACGGUGGUCCUAGUUUUGACACUGCUGGCGGAUGCCACCAUUGGCAAACGGUACGAAGAACUUGGUAAGCGUCAUCAGGGAGAUAUAGUGCUGACCGACAUCCAGUCCGAUGCGGCCUCCGGUGGAGGAACACAAAUAGUGCAGGAUUCCUUCCGGUGGCUUAAGGGAAUCGUCCCGUACGUGAUUUCACCGGCAUUUACUCAACCCCAGGCAGAUAGGAUCAAGGAUGCGAUGACCAGAAUCUCUGGCUAUAGCUGUGUCCGAUUUGUUCCACGCACCAGUCAGGAUAGACAGUUCCUGAACGUUACCGCCAGCCCGACCGGCUGUUGGGCAUCGCUCGGUAUGAACCUGCUGUCGAACCAACUGAAUCUGCAAACGGAAGGCUGCCUGGAGACCGGUAUCAUCAUGCAUCAGCUGUUGCAUGUGCUCGGCCUUACGCAUCCCCAGUCCCGUCCGGAUCGUGAUUUUUACGUGCUGGUGCAGGAGGAUGCGGUCGACGCGUCGUUGAAGAACAAUUUGGCCAAAUAUCAGCAGGGCGUGAUAGAGGACUUUGGCAUACCGUACGAUUACGAAAGCAUCCUUCACUGUCAGUCGGAUGCGUUCGGUGCGGCGACAUCGACCCGUGCAACCGUUGUGCCAUUGGCGGACGUCGAAAUUGGCCAGCGCGUCGACCUUAGCCUGAAGGAUGUGCGCAAGCUGAACAAGAUGUACGACUACGAGUACUGUGGAUUUUGCUAUCGUGGAAAUUGUAACGGGCUGCGUUCCGUCAACGCCUAGCGGAAGUUUGCAUGCAGUAGUUUAAAGUGUUGAUAUUGUAUUUGUUAUUCUUUUAAUCAAAAAUGCAAACCACAAAGCUUAUUGUAAAUAUGCAACCAUACGAACGGUUGGUAGCCAACUGGGAACAGAAAUAAAGGAACAACUGGUAGAUAAAGCUUAAUGAUAUUCGUGAACCAAGAAUAAAGUACAAGAAUUGCAUA